GAGGACUGUUGCUGUAGCUGGGGUGUGUACAGCGGUGUACACUCAGUUACUCAAUGGCUACUGCUGACAUUAACAAGAGUUAGCUUCUUUUAACACUUUGUUUUUAAAGUGCAGUGUUGUCAGCGUAAUGGUGUGGACGCAACACAAUGGUUCUGCAGUAAAUAUGGGUCAGAGAGAAGAAGACAAGGUGUGCUGUCUUAACAUUCUCACCUACCACAGAGAGCUGCUGGUGUCGAGGCUGAGGAGCAUUCAGUGCAUCCUGGACAACCUGUUGGCCUGCGGCUUCAUAUGUGAAGAGGAUGUUGAGAUCAUACAGCGAACUGCCACCAAGACGGAUCAGGUGCGCAAAAUCUUGGAGCUGGUCCAAUGCAAAGGCGAGGAGGCCUGUGAAUUCUUCAUUUACAUCAUAUAUAAAGUAUGUGAUGCCUACAAAGACCUGCAGCCAUGGUUGAAAGAGAUAAACUACAACCCAAGCAGUGAUGUAACGCUGAUAACAGUGGUUAACACAGAUCCCAUCAGCAGGUAUUGUGAGAAGUUGAAGCAUGAGAUGAGCCGGGACACCUGCUUCAUCAUGUCAUACGGCCAGCGAGAGGAGACCAGGCUAGAGGACCUUUACACUGACACACUGAUGGAACUGUUGAAUGACUGCAAUGAAAGUCUGGGCUUCUUAGAGAGUCUGGACCAGCUCCUGGGAGACCAUGCAGUCUUCAAUCCCCAAGGUGAAAUCAUCUAUGUUAUGGGGGAUGCCGGUGUGGGAAAAUCAAUCCUCCUGCAGAAGCUUCAGAACCUCUGGUCCAAAAAGGAGCUGCAGACGGAUGCCAUCUUCUUUUUUAAGUUCCGCUGUAGGAUGUUCAGCAUCCUCAAAGAAACAGAGCAGAUCUCCCUUAGAGACCUUCUGUUCAAAUAUAACUGCUACCCAGAUCUUGAUCCAGAUAAUGAGGUGUUUGAUUACAUCCUGUGCUUCCCUGAGAAGGUUCUUUUUACAUUUGAUGGCUACGAUGAGCUUCAGAUGAAUGAUCUGAUGAAUGUUCCUGAAGUGGUGUCACCAGAUGUGAAGGCACACCCCUUCCAGCUGCUCAUCAGUUUGCUCAGUGGGAAGCUACUCAAGGGCUCCCAGAAGGUGCUGACGGCCCGGACAGGGACUGAGAUCCAGAGUAGGGUGAUCAGAAAGAAGGUGGUUCUGCGGGGAUUCUCCCCAGCUCAUCUCAAGACCUACAUUGAUCUGCACUUUAAGGAGCAGGAGCACAGAGAGCUGGUUUCAGUUCAGCUGGAUGCUAGCCCCCACCUGUGUGGCCUCUGCUCCACCCCACUGUUCUGCUGGAUUGUAUUUAAGAGCUUUAGGCACCUGCACACCAUGCAUGAUAGUUUCCAUCUGCCUGAAACGUGCAUCACACUGACAGACAUCUUCCUGCUGCUGUCGGAGGUGUUCCUCACCCGCUCAGCCUCACCUGCGCCGUCUCUGCUGAAGAAAAGCACCCGAUGUGCCUCUGAGACAUUCAAAGCAGGGCUCAGGCCUCUUGCAGCAUUUGCCAAACUAGCACUUCAGGGUAUGGAGAGCGGUAGCUUCAUUUGCACCCAAGAGGAGAUCACUGCAUGUGGCCUGACGGAGGAGGACCUGACGCUGGGCUUUCUAAGACCUGUCAGUGAGUAUGAUGCCAAUGGAAGCCCUGCUACAUUUGAAGUCCUCCAUAUCACCCUCCAGUCUUUCCUGGCAGCAUUUGCUCUAGUGUUGGAUGAGCAGGCUGCUGCCAGCUCCAUCCUCAAGUUCUUCACAGAGUGCAGCAGGAAAAGAGAAGUCUCCUGUCUGCCGUUUAACGUCUGUGUCCGUGGCUCCUCAAAGCCCAGUGAGAAGAAGCCAUUCACAUCCAAUGAGCACCUUCAGUUCACUAAUCUGUUUCUGUGUGGACUGCUGUCCAAGGCUAACACUGGCCUGAUUCAACAUCUGGUAUCUCCUGUGGUACUAAAGAAAAAACAGACCCUGCUAAAAUCCUACCUGUCCACCAGUGUGAAGUCCCACCUCCACGGCUUACCCCACUACAACAGUGAAGACGGCAAGAAAGUUCAUGUUUUGCCCAACUUCUUGUGGAUGCUGAGGUGCAUUUUUGAGACAGGGAGCAAAGACAUCGCUCAGAUGACAGCAAAAGGCAUCACAGCGAACCUCAUCAAGCUGGGUUACUGCGACGUGUACUCAGGUGACUGCACCGCCCUGAACUUUGUACUGCAGCACCGUCAGAAGCUCCUGGGCGUUGACAUGGACAACAACAACAUCAGUGACUACGGGGUGAAGCAGCUGAAGCCCUCCUUUUCUAAGAUGACAGUAGUGAGAUUGAGCGUCAAUCGCCUGUCUGACAGCAGCAUCGAGGUUCUUGCAGAGGAACUGUGUAAGCACAAAAUUGUGGAGAUGUUGGGGCUUUACAACAACGAAAUCACAGAUGCCGGAGCCAAACUAGUUGCUCGGAUAAUUGAGGAAUGCCCAAAGCUGCGAACUGUCAAGAUUGGUAAAAACAAGAUCACCAGUGUUGGUGGGAGGUAUUUGGCCAGCGCCAUUCAGAAGAGCACUUCCAUAUUUGAUGUUGGAAUGUGGGGGAACAGCAUCGGCGAUGAGGGAGCAGAGGCCUUUGCAGAAGCUCUGAAACAGCAUCCACGGCUCACCAACCUCAGUCUCUCAGCCAAUGGCAUCACAUCUAAAGGUGGGAAGUGCCUGGCAGAAGCACUGAAAGAGAACAGCGUCCUCAGGAUAUUCUGGUUGGUGCAGAAUGAGCUGACUGAUGACGCAGCUCCUCACUUGGCUGAGUUGAUCCAAGCGAACACGGGUCUACUCCACCUCUGGUUAAUCAGCAACCAGUUCACUGUGGGUGGGAUCAAACAGCUUGCUGAGGCCCUAACUCACAACACAGCACUCAAAGAGAUAUGCGUGAAAGGAAACCAGCUCUCUGAGGAGGAAGAGAAUCAGUUUGUGGAAGAGAAAAGGCUGCGGUUCCACUGACUGGGCACUCACGUGAGACGUGCAUGCACUGAGUAAUGUCGGCAUGGCAGAAAACGUGUACUGUAGUAUGUGUUCACUGUAUGAAUGCAGAGUGUUAGCAAACUGAUUUGGUACAGUAUGAUUGAGUAUGUAUGAUUUCAGCUGAGUGUAACUGUGUGGCUGUGGGCACAAAGUCUGAUGUUAGAUACUGUAUAUUCAUCAUAUCAUUCAUUGUUGAUGAAACCAUUUUUGCGCUGAGAAAACUUUUUCAUGUUGGGGAUGUUUUGCUGUAAUUUUGACCAAAUAUCUGACAUGACGACUGUUACGGAAAAAAGGAAGUGGAAGCACUGAUGAUGAAGAGGGAAACAAACCAAGGACUUCCUUCUUCAUGAACCUUUGUAGAAACAUAUGGCGUAUAUUUUGAUUUGUAUACAUACGAACAAUAACUUUAUUGUUUCACACGUCGCUGAUGGAAUGUAUUGAGGUGUACUUCAGUGUAAAUGAUGUUUACUGUUUGUUUGAUACUUUGUGGCAACUGGAUCCAGAAAAGAAUGUAUUUUAUUGAGUGACAUCAGUGUAUGAAUAACUCCUGAUGGACAGUGCUGGUGGUGAAAAGGCUGAUGGCCUCUGGUGAUGGAUGACAGGACAUAGAGCUAAGCUCAGUAAAGAUGAUUUCCCUUUCGUUGCUUUCUUAAUUCUCUCUGACGUGUUUGCCUCUAUGGAUCUAUGUCACAGCUGACAUUUGAACUCGUUGUACAGGAACAGCGCAGGUGGAACUUAUAAAAUGAAAUAUGGCUCCGUUCCAGUAAUCUAAUGUAUGACAGUUUGCCAGUAUGAACUGUAGCAACACCCUGAAACAUCCACACACCUAAAUGGAAGGCAGCCAGUUUUCAGGAUUCAAAUUACACCUGCACUAUCUCUGCUAUAUUUCAAAACGUCUGAUGUAAAAAAAUCCAAAAAAACAGGCCUGUUAUUCUGCUUCAGUACAAUAUAUAAGGCAACUCCUUCCUGGUUAAUGUCAUCCACACCUACCCUUCCUCUCACACAGGACCACUAAUCAUCAUCCACUGUUUAAGGGGUACAUAGAGCGCUUGUCACUUCCUUUACGUGCCCAUGUGACCAGUUGGGCUGUUCACACUAAAAGUGCCUGCUAGUGAUCCGCAGCAACAGUUUCAGCUGUCUGUUUUUUUCCACGAGCUGAGAGUGAAUCUGGCAAGAAAACACACAUGUAAAGGAUCUGAUUCCAAUAAAUUAUAGAAUAUGCAUCUGUUGGUUACUUUUCCACAUACAUAUAUGUCAGUUGUGUAUGAACAGGGAGCAGUGGCAUGAGCACACUCACACAAGCAGAGAGAGAGAGAGAGCUCUAUGUGUGAUUAGAACUUCACUGAACUUUGACUAAGCUGUGUGUAUGAUGGAUUUGAAUUUAGAGAAAAAUAGGUAAAAUAGGACACUUUUAGGUUUACUAGAUGGCCCAAAAAUAAAAUGGCAAAAAUGCAAUAAAUACAAGAGAAUGGUUGGUAUCCAAAUGAUCCACUCUUAAUAGCUUUUUGUAGGUAGUUUUGCAGAAAAUAAAUAUUUUAACAUGUUUUAUGUUUGUUGUGAUUUCCUGUCUUUGUCGGUGACAUAUUAAACAGCAAACUGUCUCUGUUACGUUACAUUAGGUAGAUUGAUCCUAAAGGAGCUCAUAUAGCUGAGGUUUCUACUGUUUUUUUUCCCCGUUAAAGGGGUUUUUUUGGGGGAGUUUUUCCUUAUCUGCUGUGAGGGUC